GGCGAGCGGCGCUGGGAGAGCGUGGCGAGGCGCGGCGGCACCGCCAGUGCUGCAGUGAGGGAGGCGAGGCGGAGAAAGGAGGAAAAAAAAAAAAAAAAAGAGAGAGAGAGCGGCUCCAACUGUUGAAUUUUCGCUGAAUCUCCACUUGCUCCGCGGGCGGCUGGUGAAAUGGAUCUGGCUUACCGGGGAUCGGCGUGGCUUUUGCGUGCUGUCUGGCUGGGGCUGGAGACCGUCUGUUUGAGAGGGGCCACCCGUCAAUGAGGCGGAGAAGAGAUCGGGUGUUUCCUUGGGGUUUUGAGAGCCUCUCCACCACAGGUUGCAGAAUUAACUGUGUACUUUGGGGUCCGGACUCAAAUAAAGGAGAAAAAAAAGCAGUGCAGGACUGAGACUUGGAACUAGAUCUUUAAGCUAUGCAUUGGGAACUUAUGGGUUGUUUUUUGUUUUAUUUUUUGCUCUUUUAAUCUGAAAGAUCUCUGAUUAUUUCACACAUAACACUGAGGAAAGGUGGUUAAAAACACUCAGCAAAGCAGGAGACAGACGCGCCUCUGUGCCAGUGAGUGGAUAACAGCCUUGUUUUCCUGAUCCUCAGUCUCCAGGAGAAAGAGAGUGAGUCAGAAGCGUUAGGAAGAAGCUGCAACUAAUGUCUGUGAAGGGAGGAACAUGAGGUGAUAGUGAAUGUGAUUUGUUCCGCUGGAUCUGACUCAUCCAGCAGAUUCAAACACCUGCAUUUCUGGAUCUGCCAUUCACUUAUUUCUGGUUGUAAAAAGAACUUGAAAAUUUACCCUUCCCCAAUAUUUACUUAUACAGCAUAUUACUGGGAAAGGUAAAUCAGACAGGGUGAAUGCAUCUGGCAUUGCCGCUGUUCUCCCCACUACACCAAGAUGCCCGGAGAGACUGCUAAAGCUUGAAAGGGCUGCAAAAAAUGCGUCACACCAGCCACGGAUCUGCAUAGGCUUUAAGAUAAGCGAAUUAGUCGAUUAAAAGAUCUGCCACUUUAUUCAUCAUCCAGAUUGUUUUUUUCUCUUCCUCUCCCCUCCCCUAAAUGAAGAGGACUAGGCGGCAGUGUCGUUGGAAGGAGACGCUGAAUAGAAAGAAAAGAGAGGCACUUGACAGCGCAGCCUUGUGAAUACAGAGACUGUUUCCCUUUUAGCGAGAGACUAAGAGAGUGUGUGUGUGGUGGCUUUUCUUUCUCUCUCUCCCCCCACCCCCUUAGUCUUUUCCUUUCUCGCUCGCUCGCUUUUUUUUUUUUUUUUUUUUUUAAGUCUAUCCGUGCAGCCAUGGGUUGCCUGUUGAUUUCCUCUCGACUGGAGAGAAAAGCAAACUGGAAUUAAACUGCAUCUAGAAAAGUGCAGCUCCUCAGACAAGCAUACGCAAACACGCAUAGAUACACAGAGAAAGGAUGUGGUGGUGGCGGCGGCUACUGGCUUGUCUUAAAGAAACCCAAGUGUGCAUCUGAUUGAGCACAGCCUGUGAUUUCUCUUAAAAGAUAUAUGUUUACUGCUAAGGAUGAUGAUCAGCUGGUGGGUUUCUUAAUUUUUUUCCAUCCCAAACGGUUGAGUGGGAGGCUGGUAGUAGAGGGAGAGAAAGGAAACUACAAAUCCGGACACUAGUUUGUUGUGUCUUUUGUUUUGUUUUGUUUUCCCCUCUACCCUCCGAUUCUCAUUUCCUUGCCUUCUGAUUCGGGAAGGAAAGAGUGAGGGUGUACGAGACAGAGAGGGGGAAAUACCGAUGGCAGCGAGAUGCAGCUCUCCGCCGCAAGCAAUGCAAGAUUAGAUCUCUAAAUGCAGCAAAACACUCCCUGAAAACCAACAACCCCGCGGUGCAAUCAGACAUUUCACUGCCUCUCACUGCACACGAAGAGGGCUUCAACAACAAGCUGAGACUUCUUUUCCCUUCUGUCUCUCUCUCAUCCCUCCACUCCAUCAAUCGCAUCGCAAGUGAUGAGUAGCAAAUAAGCUUUACUCCCUUUGCUUACAGACCUGUGGCCACCACCCCUUGCCCAAUGUAUAUAUAAAUACACGUCUUAAAAAAAAUCUUUUUGAUCGUUUUUAGAAAAACAACCACCGCCGCCGAUUUUUUAUGAUUGUUAUUUUUAUUAUCCUUUGUGCAUCUGCGGAGAUUCAAGGAUCUGGAACACUUCGCCUGCCCGGAGGAGAAGAUCUUUUUGCCAAUUGUCUGAUUUUUGAAAUCCUCCCCCUGCCGAAGUUGGACAGCCGAAGUAACUGCGAGGGGACUGCAAGCACGGCAGCGCUUGCUGAAAGGCUGCCGAGGCUGCUCCCCCCUCCCCCGCGGCCCCCCCGCUCGCUCGCUUCCUCCCUCUGAGCUACAUGGUCCAUUUGCUGCCUCUCAUCCUGUGUCUCUGCAGAUGUUUUAGAGCAACAGGUUCAGGAACUUAAAAUAUAGGAGUGGGGAGAGAGGAGGAGAGGGAAAAAAAAAAAAAAAAAGAAAGGAACGGUGUUGGAGGAGGAAGAGCAAUCCCCGCGCAGGAGGCACAGAAGACGGGGACAACCCUGGUCGCCGCUGCAGUUGCUGCCACCCCCACCCCUGCUCGGGGAUGUACCUUUCCAUUUGUUGCUUCUUCCUGUGCUGGGCUCCCGCCCUGUCGCUGAAGAACCUGAAUUACUCGGUGCCGGAGGAGCAGGGAGCGGGCACGGUCAUCGGGAACAUCGGCCGCGAUGCGCGGCUGGCGGCGGGCGGCGGGAUGCUGCCCGCGGAGCGCGGCGGCCCCGGCGGUGGUCGCGGCGCCAAGUCCACCUUCAGGGUGCUGGAGAACUCAGCCCCGCACCUCCUCGACGUGGACGGAGAGAGCGGGCUGCUCUACACCAAGCAGCGCAUUGACCGCGAGGCGCUGUGCCGGCGCAGCGCCAAGUGCCAGCUGUCCCUCGAGGUGUUCGCCAACGACCAGGAGAUCUGCAUGAUCAAGGUGGAGAUCCAGGACCUGAACGACAACGCACCGGCAUUCCCAUCCGACCAGGUGGACAUGGACAUUUCAGAAAAUGCCGCGCCGGGCACCCGCUUCCCCCUUACCAGCGCCCACGACCCAGACGCCGGGGACAACGGGCUGCGCACCUACCUGCUCACCCGUGAUGACUACGGCCUCUUCUCCCUUGAUGUGAAGUCCCGUGGUGAUGGCACAAAAUUUCCGGAGCUGGUCAUCCAGAAGCCAUUAGACCGUGAGGAGCAGAGUCACCACACCCUGGUGCUGACGGCACUGGACGGCGGCGACCCACCGCGCUCAGGCACGGUGCAGAUCAAUGUGCGCCUCAUUGACUCCAAUGACAACAGCCCUGUCUUUGAGGCAGCCUCCUAUGUGGUGGAACUGCCAGAGAACGCACCGCUGGGCACGGCUGUCAUUGACCUCAAUGCCACUGAUGCUGAUGAGGGCACCAACGGGGAGGUGCUCUACUCCUUCAGUGGCUACGCGCCUGAGCGUGUCCGCGACCUCUUUAGCAUCGACCCGCAGAGUGGCCUCAUCCGUGUCAAGGGCAACCUGGACUAUGAGGAGAGUGGCCUUAUAGAGAUCGACGUCCAGGCUCGGGACCUGGGACCCAACCCUAUCCCUGCUCACUGCAAAGUCACCGUCCGCCUCAUUGACCGCAACGACAACGCGCCCACCAUUGGCUUUGUGUCUGUUCGCCAGGGAGCACUGAGUGAGGCUGCCCCACCGGGCACCGUCAUUGCCCUGGUGCGGGUCACCGACCGUGACUCUGGCAAGAAUGGGCAGCUCCAGUGCCGGGUGCUGGGCGGUGGUGGUGGGCCUGGAGCUGUCCCUUUCACCCUGGAGGAGAACUAUGACAACUUCUACACUGUGGUCACUGACCGUCCCCUGGACCGUGAGGCACAAGAUGAAUACAAUGUGACCAUCGUGGCACGGGAUGGGGGCAGCCCCCCACUCAACUCCACCAAGUCGUUCUCUGUCCGGAUCCUCGAUGAGAAUGACAACCCACCUCGCUUCAGCAAGAACCUCUAUGUGUUGCAGGUGCCUGAGAACAAUAUCCCUGGGGAAUACCUGGGCUCUGUAUUGGCCCAGGACCCGGAUCUGGGGCAAAAUGGGACAGUUUCUUACUCCAUUCUGCCUGGGCACGUAGGUGACGUCUCCAUCUACACCUAUGUCUCUGUCAACCCAACCAAUGGUGCUAUCUAUGCCCUGAGAAGCUUCAACUAUGAGCAGACAAAGCACUUUGAAUUUCGCGUGCUGGCCAAGGACUCGGGUUCACCCCACCGUGAGAGCAAUGCCACAGUACGUGUCACUGUGCUCGAUGUCAAUGAUAAUGCACCCCUCAUUGUCCUGCCUGCCCUCAUCAAUGACACUGCUGAGCUGCAGGUGCCACGCAACGCUGGGGUGGGCUACCCGGUGGGCACUGUCCGUGCCCUGGACAGUGACUUUGGGGAGAGUGGGCGCCUCACAUACGAGAUUGUGGAAGGCAAUGAGGAGCACCUCUUUGAGAUGGACCCCACUAGUGGUGAGAUACGCACCUUGCACCCCUACUGGGAGGAGCUCAGCCCUGUGGCUGAACUUGUGGUAAAAGUCAGUGACCAUGGCAAGCCCAGCCUCUCUGCUGUGGCCAAGCUCAUUGUCAGGGCCUUGGCGGGGCCCCUGCCCGAGGCUGGUGAGCCGCAAGUGAAUGGCGAGCAGCACCGGCGACCACACUGGGACUUGUCUCUGCCCCUGAUCGUGACCCUGAGCACUGUCUCCAUCAUCUUGCUGGCUGCCAUGAUCACUAUUGCUGUGAAGUGCAAGCGAGAGAACAAGGAGAUCCGCACCUAUAAUUGUCGCAUUGCUGAGUAUAGCCACCCUCAGCUGGGAGGAGGGGGAGGCAGUGGUGGGGGAGGAGGAGGCAGUGGCAGUGGAGGGGGCAAGGGCAAGAAGAAGAAGAUCAGCAAGAAUGACAUUAUGCUGGUGCCCAGUGAGGGCGAGGACAGCCGGGGCCCCCUCAAUGUCAUGAACGUGGUGAGCAGCCCAUCCCUGGCCACCUCACCUAUGUACUUUGACUACCAGACCCGCCUGCCCCUCAGCUCUCCCAGGUCUGAGGUGAUGUACCUGAAGCCCGCCUCCAACAACCUGACUGUACCCCAGGGACAUGUGGGCUGCCAUACCAGCUUCACAGGGCAAGGGACUAACGCCAGCGAGGCUCCCCCGAGCCGGAUGUCCAUAAUUCAGACAGACAAUUUUCCCGCAGAGCCCAAUUACAUGGGCAGCAGGCAGCAGUUUGUUCAAAGUAGCUCCACGUUCAAGGAUCCAGAAAGAGCCAGCUUGAGGGACAGCGGGCAUGGGGACAGUGAUCAGGCUGACAGUGACCAAGACACUAACAAAGGCUCCUGCUGUGACAUGUCUGUUAGGGAGGCACUCAAGAUGAAAACUACUUCAACUAAAAGCCAACCACUUGAACAAGAACAGCAAGGCAGAGGCCAAAGACCCAUUGUUGGGAUCUGUGGACCAGCCCGCUGUGAGGAUGGAAAAUUUUCAGAGCAAGAAGAAUGUGUUAACUGCACAGAUGAAUGCAGAGUGCUUGGUCAUUCUGACAGGUGUUGGAUGCCACAGUUCCCUGCAGCCAGCCAGGCUGAGAAUGCAGAUUAUCGCACAAAUCUCUUUGUACCCACAGUUGAAGCUAAUGUUGAGACUGAGACUUACGAAACUGUGAAUCCCACUGGGAAAAAGACUUUUUGUACAUUUGGGAAAGACAAGAGAGAGCACACUAUUCUCAUUGCCAAUGUUAAACCUUACUUAAAAGCCAAACGUGCCCUGAGUCCUCUGCUUCAGGAGGUUCCCUCAGCAUCGAGCAGCCCAACCAAGACAUGCAUUGAGCCUUGCACCUCAACAAAAGGACCUCUGGAUGGUUGUGAAGUGAAAUCAGGAGCCUUGGCUGAACCAAACAGCCAAUACUUGUCAACUGACAGUCAGUAUCUAUCGCCUAGUAAACAGUCAAAAGACACUCCCUUCAUUGCAUCAGAUCAGAUGGCUAGGGCGUUUGCAGAUGUGCAUUCCCGAGUGAGCCGAGACUCGAGUGAGAUGGACUCUGUUCUGGAGCAGUUAGAUCGUUCAGCCCGGGAUCUAGGCAGGGAGUCGGUGGAUGCCGAGGAAGUUGUCAGAGAAAUAGACAAGCUCUUGCAGGACUGUCGGGGAAGCGACCCUGUGGCCGUCAGAAAGUGAGGGGGAAAAUAAGGACAGGCUGGCAGUUACGUUCCUCUUCUGCUGAUUAAAAACAAAACAAACAAACAAAAAGAAAUCAUAAAAUCCCCUGGUUGUAACAGAUUUACAAGAAUGAAGGAAGACCAAUGCUGCUUUAAGGCUUUUAGUGAACAUCUGAAGUGCCCACAAGUAUGUUUUUUUCACUGAUCUUUCUUUUUGACAGAUAACACUGGUUUCAUUUUGACCAAACUUUCAUUAGGACAGAGUCAAGUACACUAAGAACUAUAUGAAGGAAGGAAAGAUGGUGCCAUUUUGACAAUCUGAUAGGAAGGUGUGAGAAAGGUGGAAUGGAAAUACAUCUGAUACUUUGAGACUGUCCUCAAUAGCUGAUGCUGACUUUACUGUUUACGUAUAAACCCCAAGAAAAACAGGGUUGAAUAUUUCUGACCUGUGGUGAAUUUCCAGCAGUCACCGCAGGCUUCUACUGAAAGUCCUAAAAAGAGUUCUUGUAGUAGUCCAAGUGACACCAAACAUUAACAUUCAUUUGUGGUAAACAUUUAUGUACAAAGUUAUCUGCCACAAAUAUGAGAGAAAAAAAAAAAAAAGGAACAAGAAAACAAACAAACAAAAACCCACCAUUCCAAAUCAUUACUCAACAAAACAUAUCCUGAUCAUUAGUAAAACACUUCAUAUCACAUUAAGGUUAAAUGUAAAAUGAUAUAGUCCAUCUUGUCCUGCACACACAUAAGAUAAUUCACUUGAUAAAAAAGAAAAAAAAAGAUUUUAAUAUCUAUUUAGCAUUUUAGUGUCCAACAAACUAUAAAUAGUUAGUGAUAAGUUUAAAAAGAAAAGGGGGGGGGGGGGGGAAUAAAUUUUGAAAAAGAAAAUAGUUACCUUUCAGGGUAAUACGCAAAAGAAAUUAACAUUAUUAACAUUUUUAUAUACAUUUGUGGACACUAAAAUAGCUCAGGAAAGUGAAAAUGUCUUAGACAUCCACACAAAUCACAUGAUCAUUUAAAUGUGCAAAUGUAAGAAGAUUCAGUGUGUUUACAUCAAAUUACAUAUUUUUAUUGAUUUUUUGCAGAUUCAGUGCAUAUGAGCCAAAUUGUUGAGUGUAUAAGAGCUAUAUUGUGUAUUUUAUUAAAUUAAUAUAUAGUUGUGUUGCAAAAAUAUUUGGGCUUAUAUUGUAAAUGGCAAGUGUUGCCUCGGUAGCUGUCGAACUCUAUGAGUUUUGUUUUUUCCUGCUUCCUUUUCCCCAUGGAUUGUGGGAAGCAGUGCCUCAGAGCAAAGUCUCUUGUUUAAUGUAUGGUCUACGAAGUACUGCAGUACAUAAUCUGUUCAAAAUGUGUUUGAGUGAGCUGAUGGAGCUAACUGAAUGGCCUACAAAUAUAUCCAUCAGUCAUGGUUAUGUGCAAGUCCUAGUAGAAGCUUCUAUUGCAAACCCAUGUUUAAUAACAAAAAUUACACUCAAACCCACACCUGUAACCUCCUUGUUUUUUUGUUUUGUUUCGUUUUGCUUUCCCAAACACAUGCAGACAGUCGUUUAAUGUAAGAUAUUUGAUUGACUUCUUAAGAGAUGACACCCUUUUCAAAGUUUUGCUAAUAAUUUGAGAGAGCUGCAAAACAUCUCAGUGCCAAAACAUGUUAAGUCAUGAACAGUAUUUUCUCUGAUUUUUUAGAGUGUGCAAUUGAUUACUGCAGUUCUAGUUAUACAUGGUUUAUUCUGGGGGGGAUGUUUUUAGUUUUGUUUUCAUUUGUUAUGAAAAAUAUUUGCUGAAUAACUUGGAAAGAGUUUCAACUUUUCAAUUAUUUUUUCUAAGGGUAAUUUUAUUGCAUUUGAAAAAUUCAAAAUUACCUUCAGAUGGAAGUUGAAAAAAAACAACCCAAGUUCAAAAUAAAAUAACAGAUAGAACAAGAAAAAGAAAAAGAAAAAAUGUUUAGCUCAGGAUCUGUCCCUUAUAUGCCUCAGAUAUUCUUGGACAUAUCGCUAUGGCACAUUUUUUAAAUACAGUGUCUGGGUCAUAUUAAAUUUAAGCUCUACUAUACAAACACAAAUGAAAGAGGUUAUUUAGGUUGGCAAUCUCGAAUCUCACAAAGCCAUACUUUUCAUCAAUUCAAGGAUGAACAGCAACACAUUUUCAUGUUGGCUUUGCUGUUAAAGGGUGAUUUUAACUAGUCAGUCCUACAAUGAACUGUCUUUGGUUGUUGGAAACACACAUUCUGAAAGUUUGCUCUUAGCUCCUGCUGUUAGAAGAAGUCUACAAUUACAUGUAAACAAAGGAUCUUGUACAUGUUUCAUCAAACUACUCUCCAUGUUUUGGACAAUUUAUGUAACUAAAAUGUGGUGUUGUCUGUGUUAUAUAUAUUUUUUUCUUUUUGGCCAGGAGACCCAAGAUUGAUUUUGCUUGAUAGCUUGAUAGCUUGAAAUUCCAUAGUGGAGAGGAUUUCUUAUCAUUUGAUCAGUCUUUUAUACGUAUUUCUGUGGUGCUCAUCACUUCAGUGUCUGUGCACCAAGUCUGUAGCUCUGCCAGUGAGAUCCAUUAUUCAGCAAAAUCUAAGCCAGUAUGUAAAUGCAGUCAAGUGAUAGAGAUUUGUGUAUUUUAUAAAUGAUUUUAACACUGAGUAACCAAUUGUACAAUUCAUUGUAUAUGUCUGAAGACAUAAACCCACAAUAUUCUGAGAAAGGGCUGUGCCAAUGUAAGAAAAAUUUACCUUAAGGCUCUCUGUCAAUAGUCAUUUACUAGCUUUAGCUGUUUAACACAUUAUCUGUAUUUAGUAGUGAUUAUUUAUUUACCACUCUGAGGUAAUUCAGAAUUCAUGACUCACAGCUUUACGGAAGAGUUUAGGAAAUCUUGCUUUUAUUUAAUUUGGCUGACAACUGCCUUGUGUUGUAGAUCUUUGGCAUAUUGCUUCCAGUUAGCAUAUCCCAGGUUAAAAAGUCCGUUUCAUAAUUUAGGAUUCAUAAUGUACCAAAAAAACAGUGAAGCUUAUACAUUGUGAGUUUUGCUGGUUCAGUUAAAAUUAACGUGAUUAUGUGUGAAGGAAAUACCACACACAAAAGAAUUAAAAUGUAUGUUUUUUUUUCUCUUUGGUAUCUCUGCUAUCUAUCACCACUGGAGAAAGAGACAGCAAUGGAAGAUGGAGUUUGAGUUAUUUCUCUCAUUCUUAUGUACAUGUCUUAUAAAACUGAAAUAAAAUGUCUGUCACAUGACUAUAGAGAGAAUGGCUGAGCUUAGAGAAAGCAAGUAAAGUAACUAAUAAAAUUGUACUGUACACUGUGAAUAGAGCAUAAGACAUUUUGUAUCUUUUUUUUCUUCUUCUUUUUUUUUUAAUUAAUGAAAGCCAGCAACUGAGAGUUCCUUAAAAGAUUGGCCAAUCAAAUCAGGACUCAAAAUCAGACCUUAUUUUUUCCCCUCUUUUUUCCUAGCAGGAACAUCAGGAAAGAGAUUCUUCUAAACUAUGAUUUGCCAUCUGAGGAGAUAGGCUUUGCAGUCCAAGCUACUCCCAGAAGUUAAAUAUUGCUCACAAUGGGGCAAUGUACAUCACCCAAACAAACUUUUAAGCUGUUUGUUGCCUAAUGGAAGGGAAAUUGCUAAGGUCAAGAAGAAGUCGGAAGCCUAGCGUAUUAUACACCCACUCAUUAUUGUUUAAUUACUUUCUUUUGACAUGAGGCAAUGAUUAGUAUUGCAUUAAUUCAAAUGGGAGUUUUGGCUAUCAAGAUUUGUUGAUUUGAGGUGUAAUUGAAUGAAACCUAAUUAAGGUUUUGACUUCUCUGGCCCAGUUGUGCUACAGGUUGACAUUCACAUUUAUCAGUCCAUGUCUCCCCAUAUGGCUCAAAGUUGCACCAAUGACUGGUGAAUGAUACACAAACACACAAGAAACAAACAAACAAACAAACAAAAAAUCCCACACAAACAAACAAACAAAAGCAGCAUACAUUGUAUGAAUUAUUUCAAACGCUAUUGUUCAAUGGCUGUGUUUAAUGUGACCUAUCUGGAAAAUGAGGACUAUGAAUAAAAAGCAAUUACUAAUAGUGGUGUUGCCUGCUUUUGCAUUCAUUAACACAGAAGAAAUGUGUUAAACACUGCAUACCACAGGGAGCCUGAUGGUAAUUACUUUGGAAAAGCAACUUGUGGCAUUGCGGCUGUUACAGCUAGUUAUCAGUUUGCCAAAAAAAUGACAGUUCCUGCUUCAUUUAUUAGAAAUGUGUAACCGUUUUCUCUCAACAGGAAGGUGGUGAACAGUUUUCAUCAAGCUGGGUAGGUUUAUCUUUUAAGCAGCUGAUGUGCUGAAUCCCUACAGGCUGUUAUUUGCUCACAGAUAUAUGGAGCUGAAUAAAGGAUAGUUUGGUUCAGUACACUGGUGUGAGUUCACCAAAAGU